UCCGGGGUGUGAUGCGGGGAUGAAGCGUCGGUGACCAGAGGCUCACAGGAGUCAUCCCGCUCUCAGCCACCGCACCGCACCACCGGGAGUACCACCGUGCGUAAAACCUGCGCACGUCUCUGCUCUAUCGUUCCUGUUAAACCAGGCCGGGGUUGACCUGGCGCGCUGCAUCCCUCCACCUUUACUGGAUAUCUUCUGCUGUUAUACCCCCGCAGCACAGAAACCUGGUCUUGUGCGGAGGAAGAUGUGGAAGGAGGUGUGAUUAUGAGGACUAUCGUGCGCUCUGCUCGGUGGAUCCAACCUGCUCGGUCGUCCAGCUGAGGUGAAGGAGGGAGAGAGAGAUUGGGGGAAAAGUCGUUUGGAGCUGAACCCCCCCCCCCCCUGAAGAAAGCGAGGACACAACAAGUUUGAGGCAUGAGCCCCCACUGCUGACGGAGGAGUGAGGAGGAGGAGGUGCUUUGUUCCCCAACUCUUGUUUUCUGCCCAGACUUUUCCAACAUAAAUCUAAGUUGGACAACGCAGAGGAGAAGUUUCCGGAGAGUCAACAACAACAGUGCAGAGCCACUAUCUACUGACAGCUGUGUGUGUGUGUGUUUCUGCUGCAGUGUUGUGGCUCCUCCACAUGAACACUACAAGUCCAGUUUAAAUGCGGACAAGUCUGCGGUCAGUGAGUGCGCAAAGCCGAGCCGCCGGGGCCACUUGGUCUUUAAAAAAUCACGGAGAAACACGAGCAUUUCGUUUGUGAUCCUGCGCCAUGGAGGUGACACACCGGAGCCUCGUCCUGCUGCUGGGCUGCAUCCUCCUGGUCUCUGCAGAGGAAGAGGUCCUGAUGAACACUAAGGCAGAGACAUCCGAUCUGAAAUGGACCAUCUUCUCACGCACCAAACCCGAGUGGGAGGAAGUGAGCGGUUUAGAUGACGAGAACAACAGCGUGAGGACUUAUGAGAUCUGUCAGAGCGACAGCUCAUCUAGCCACUGGCUGCGCAGCGGGUUCAUCCCGCGUCGAGGAGCAUCUCAAGUGUACGUGGAGCUGCGGUUCACCAUGUUGGAGUGUUCCUCCAGGAGCACCCACCACCGCAGCUGUAAGGAGACCUUCAACCUCUACUACUUCCAGGCAGACUCUAACGAGGCCACAGCCACUUACCCACCCUGGAUGGAGAAUCCGUACACCAAGGUGGACACAGUGGCUGCAGACUUUCUCUUGAGGAAGGGCGGGGAACGGAAAUUUAACGUGAAGACCUUAAGACUCGGCCCCCUAUCAAAGAGAGGUUUCUACUUGGCUUUUCAGGCUCAGGGUGCCUGCAUGGCCCUGCUUUCUGUCAGGGUGUUCUUCAAAAAGUGCCCUCCCCUGGUCAGUGCUCUUUCCUCUUUCCCCGAGACUGUUCCCCGCAUGCUUGUGCAAGAGGCACAGGGUGUGUGUGUGGAGCAUGCCGCCCAGCAGGGGCCUCGACCUCGCCCUCCGAAGCUCUUCUGCGGGGAAGAUGGCCAGUGGGUGGGCCAGCCAACCACCUCCUGCGCCUGCCAGGCAGGAUUUGAGGCCACUGAGGGAAACACUCAAUGCACAGCCUGUCCUGUGGGUCAGUUCAAGUCCGGCAUGGAGGAACAUUGCGUAAGCUGUCCGAGAUUCAGCCACACCACCGUCAGGGGGGCUACGGUGUGUUCGUGUCGCAUGCACGGAUACCUACGUGCAGAAAGUGACGCUCCCGACACCCCAUGCACUAAACCUCCGUCAGCCCCUCGUAGCAUCAGCAGCAAGAUCAACGACACCACCCUCUGCCUGGAGUGGAAUGAGCCCCUGGACAACGGUGGCAGAACCGACCUAAGCUACGCCAUCAAGUGCUCUGUGUGCAGGCCGCCCAAGGGACCAUGUCUCCCCUGCGGAGACAGCGUCAGCUACCGGCCGGCUCAGCAGGGCCUGCUGGGUCGCAGGGUAGAAGUGUGGGGCCUGCUGCCGCACACCACCUACACCUUCACCAUCCAGGCGCUCAACGGGGUGUCUGCACUCAGCGGAAAGGACCCUGCCAGUGAAAGCGUCAACAUCACUUCAAACCAUGACGUGCCAUCGCUGGUGUCUGUGAUUCGGAAGAGUGACUCCACAGAGAGCAGUCUGACUCUGCACUGGUCAGUCCCAGCUCAGCAGCACUACACCAUCCUGCAGUAUCAGCUACGCUACUGUGAGAAGGAGCGCCGUAGUGAGGAUCAGUGCCACUACAUGGAGAGUAACAGAAACCAGGCUGUGCUGACAGACCUCCGCAGGGCCACUCAGUAUGAAGUGCAGGUGCGGGUGCGCACCAUGGCUGGUUACAGCAGCUUCAGUCCUGCAGCCCUCUUCCGCACCCUGCCCGAUGGACAUGACUCUGCCUCCCAGUUCUUGGUACCUGGCAUCCUCAUUGCCGUCGGGAUGCUGCUGCUCGUCACUUUCGUCUUUGUGGCCGCUUACUGCAUACGCAGACACAGCCGAUUAAAGGAUUCAGAACUGAGCGACAAAAACAGCCAGUACCUUGUUGGCCAAGGGGUCAAGGUUUAUAUCGACCCCUUCACCUACGAGGACCCUAAUGAGGCGGUCCGAGAAUUUGCCAAGGAAAUUGAUGUUUCCUUUGUCAAGAUUGAGGAGGUUAUCGGCGCUGGAGAGUUUGGAGAGGUUUGUCGAGGACGACUGAGGGUCCCGGGGAAAAAGGAGAACUACGUAGCAAUAAAGACACUAAAGGGGGGCUACACUGACAAGCAGAGACGGGACUUCCUGUCUGAGGCCUCCAUCAUGGGCCAGUUCCAGCAUCCCAACAUUAUCCACCUGGAGGGGAUCAUCACGGCCAGCUGUCCGGUCAUGAUUCUCACAGAGUUUAUGGAGAACGGAGCUCUGGACUCCUUCUUACGGCUGAACGACAGCCAGUUCACGCCAAUCCAGCUGGUUGGCAUGCUUCGCGGCAUUGCCUCCGGCAUGAAGUACCUGGCAGAGAUGAGUUAUGUCCACCGGGACCUGGCCGCCCGCAACAUCCUGAUCAACAGCAACCUUGUGUGCAAGGUGUCCGACUUCGGCUUGUCUCGCUUCCUGCAGGAGAACUCGUCUGACCCGACUUACACCAGCUCUCUGGGGGGUAAGAUCCCAAUUCGCUGGACAGCACCGGAGGCGAUCGCCUUCAGAAAGUUUACCUCAGCCUCAGAUGUGUGGAGCUAUGGCAUCGUCAUGUGGGAGGUCAUGUCUUUUGGAGAGAGGCCGUACUGGGACAUGAGCAACCAGGAUGUUAUCAAUGCCAUAGAGCAGGACUACCGGCUGCCCCCACCCCCUGACUGCCCCACCCACCUGCACCAGCUGAUGUUGGACUGCUGGCAGAAGGACCGCUCGGCACGCCCUCGCUUCACGGACCUCGUCAGCGCACUGGACAAGCUGAUCCGCAAUCCCGCAUCAUUGAAAAUAGUCGCCCAGGAGGGAGCAGGGCCGUCCUACAGCCUGCUGGACCAGCGUGCACCUUUAGCCCUCUCGUCGUGUGCCUCGGUGGGGGAAUGGCUGAGGGCCAUCAAGAUGGAGCGCUACGAAGACAGCUUCCUGCAGGCCGGCUUCAACUCCGUGGAGCAGCUGGCCCAGAUCACCACACAGGAUCUCCUCCACAUGGGUGUGACUCUGGCCGGCCAUCAGAGGAAAAUCCUCUCCAGCAUCCAGACAAUGACCUUUCGAAACAAGAGCACUGCGACUGUGACCUUCUAGCUCACCCCUCACUAACCUGGACGUGAACACCAGCACGCAGUGCAGCCCAUGUACUGAGAGCACUCCGGAUCCUCUCCUCUGACCUACUUUGAACACGGACUCCAAGAGAGAUUGGCCGAAUUUAUUCAUGACCAGGAUGAAAAAGAGAUUUAAAAAAAAAAAAUCUAGCUGAAGAUGACUUUCCCCCAGAGGAUGAGGGAGUCGUCUGGAGACUGGCGUUUCCCUGUCACCCGCAGUGACCAGGGAAAGAAGCUGAUGAUGUGCAGAAUGACAAAUUUUUACAGUUUGUGCUCAGUGUUUUUAUAUCUACCAGAGAUUAGAGAAUAAACAUGCUCAACCAAGAGGAGAGACAGAUCAGUGUUUACAAAUUCCUCUAGUAUCUUGACGUCUUGAAAACUGGCAGUUGACUCGACCCAAUAAAAUGUUGCUUCACCAAAGGAGACUGAAAAGAAAAAAGCCAGUGACACUUCAAGGAUUCAUCUGUUUUCAUAUUGUUGUGUAAUUAUGAAUGAGAACUGCUUUUACUCUGGGCGUCUUACAUCAAAUCCAUCUUGAUUACAUUAUCACUUCGAUACCUACAUCAAAACUGAACAUUUUAACAGUCAGAUUGUACUUUUUCUUUCAUUUGAUUUCAACAUUACCUCCUCUUUGCUCAGGUGUGAUGUAUAAUGCGGACUCUGGAGAGUGCUGAACUCGUCCUAAUCAGACUCCUCUCAUCUUCCUCAGUCUGGCUCUCCCCUCUCCAAGCUCAGCAGCCAGUGAGGAGAGGAGAGACACCCGAGACAUAUCAGCACUUUCGUCAUUUCAGAGUUAAUUGUAAUCUCUUAAAUAACUCCAUGCUUCUCACUCUGAGUGUGUGUGGUUAUUUCCACUGCCUGUGAUUCUGCCGGCAGCUCCGUUUUUAUUAUAGUCAGACUGAACAAAGGACCAAGUGGACUCAGAGACCAGAGAACACUGUCAAAUUGGUUUUCUUUACGAAGGAAGCAAUCUGGCCUCGCAAAUGUUUUUCUUGUUAUAACUAAUACAAUUUUUAACUCUGUAUUUUCCAUCUUCCAGUGCCAUUCAGUCAUCUUUGUGGACUUAAAUGCCAAUUUUUAAAGCAGAAUCUUGUGGGUGAUUCAUUUAAAUGUGCCGUAAAGGGUUUGCUUUGACAUUUUGAAGUUUGGUGUAUUCUUUCCUUCAUCAGAUGUUUGUUAUACUGUCUAUGAAAUGUAUCUGCUCUCGCUCAGCUAGCUGCACAAACAUUGUUUCUUGACAUUUAGAUUGGCUAAGGGGUUAGCUUACAGUCAACAGUAUCCAUAGGUUUCAGGCUGGAAUGCUAACAACACUGUUGAGCUCCUGUUUGAUUAGCAGAGUGGUGCCCCCCCACCACAUUAUUACAUGUGCUUGUUGAAGAAGAAUAAUGGACUGGAGUUCAAAAUGUCAAAGUAUUUCUCAAAGACUUUGCAUCUCUUGAAGGAUAAUACCAGCCUUUUUGACAUUUAGGUCAUGUGUAAUUUUCCCCGGGUGGCUCCCAGACCUGCAGUGAAUCAGGAAAAUGGAGCUCAAACAGCCACUAAGGGAACUACUUUGGUUACAAAAUGCAUUGCAACACUUUUCUCGAUAGUUUCCUCUUUGUGCCAGGGUGGAUUAUUUUCUUUAAGUUCUGUUUUAUGGUUGAUCGUUCUGUUUCCUUUUCCCUAUUCCGACUUUUUACUAAAAGCUUCUUGAACCUUAUAUCACACACAAAAAAAGGUUUCAAGAGGUUUAAAGUGCUAUUUUUACACAUUUAAAGUCCAUCAUAUGUGAUGAAUAGCACAAAUUCAAAUCCCCUUGAUGCACACCAAAGGUUUUGUGAUGUAAUGUUUGCUAACUUAAAGCAACACUGUGUAACUUUUCGUGAGCAACAGCACCCUCUACAUGCACAUGCACUGAUUCAUUCUGUUGGGUGUAGUGUCCGAGAGAUUGAGUGGUUUUCAUUCAGAGAAAAAACAAAGCUUAUCAACGUGUUGAGAUUCAGGAGAUCGUACCUGCUCACCGAGGUUACACAGAACAGGCAUUCAGGGUGAGGAGUAGGGAUGACAGUGGCACCAUUCUGUGUACCAUCAAACUCAUUUUGGUGCUGCUAUUUUAAGGUAGAAAAAGUUGCAUAGUGUUGCUCUAAAAUGAUUGUGAUGCUACUUGGAAAAGACCAAAUGUGAUCAAAAUAUGUGUGAUGCCAAAAUCAUCCAUUCUCUUCCUUUUGUAAAACAAAUUGCUGGAAGGCCUUAAUCAAAACACUGGUAUUGUCGCGCAAGAGUGUGAGACAUUCCCACAAGGAUUGUGGGAAAUGCGAUCUUCAUAUUGAAGGUCUCAGUUAAACUAUGAAAUCAUGAAUAGAUAAAAAGUAUGUUUUGAUUACCAUCCUGUGUGUACGCUAAUCUGUAUUCAGUAUUCAUAAUAAAGAUGAACAGCCGUGAUUAUCAGCAAA